UUGCUUGUUGACUCCAGUGACAAUUGGCAUCGAGAAAAGAAUCCUGGUGAUGACUUGUCGAGGUGCAAGGACUCGUCCUUUCAAUCUAGUACCUGCCUUGGUUAGAUGAGGAACUAACCCUUUGUGACCUUGAUUCUUGGUUCCGGAUCCAACGUUCGUGACUGGGAAAACCAGCUUAUGGAACUUUUCGACUACCAGAGUUUUCUUAUCACGACAAAAUUCCGUAAAAACUUGUCUGGGGUACGAAGCUCAUGCGGAGCGAUGCUGGGCAGUGCGUCAAUGUUGAAGUUUCUAUGCGCGAAAAGGGCGUGAGCUGGAUUCUUCACGAAUUAGUCAGAGAUCGUCAGACAAAAGCGCAUGCGUCAGAUGCAAUGGAUGUCGAUGAAAUCAAGCUUGAGGUGCCCAAAACAGCUACAUCGGCUCCUGGCUCCACAGUCCAGCCGAAGCGAACCGUGGAUCUGGAGAGCAUGGCCUUCAGUCGGAGCGGACACCUCGUGUCCAACAAGAAGUCUAAACUUCCCGACGGCUCGUUCAAACGGACCAAGAAGGGUUAUGAAGAGAUCCACGUCCCGGCCCCGAAACACAAACCUAUUGUUGACGGUGAACUGGUUCCCAUAUCAGAUUUACCACCGUGGGCUCGAGAAGCGUUCACCGUUCCCAGAUUGAACCGCGUUCAGAGCAAAAUUUACCCCAUUGCCUUUGGUACCGACGAUCCCAUCCUUUUUUGUGUGCCUACCGGCGCCGGAAAGACCAAUGUCGCCAUGCUCACAAUCCUGAACGAACUGUCUGAGUAUCACGAUGAAGCUACCGGAACUUUCGAUCUUGAUGCGUUCAAAGUCAUCUACGUUGCUCCCAUGAAAGCAUAGCUCCAAGAGAUGGUGGGCAACUUUACCGCUAGGCUGGAAGUAUUCAGUAUCAAGAUCGGCGAACUUACGGAUGACUCUCAAAUGACGAAGCAACAGAUUUCU